AUGAGCCGCCGCCGGGUCGAGACCUGCGACUCGUGGCGGCCCCCGCGGAAGAACCACGCCGGGGCGCCGCCGCUCCUCCGCGCGGGGCCCCGGAUCCCCACCUUCGCCUCGCUCUCCGUCCGCGACGGCGGGGACGCCGCCGCGGCCGUCGCCAAGGCGGUGGAGGAGGUGGUCGUCGUCCGGGCCGACGAGGUGAAGGAGCAGAGGGCGGCGGUGGCCGAGGAGACGAAGUCGACGGAGCGAAGGCUGCCCCCCGCGGCGCAGCUGGUGCGCCACCCGCUCGCGCUGCUGGCGCUGGUACCCAACAGCGCCGCGCUCUUCGCCGCGGGGGCCGCCGCGGGCACUAUAGCCAAGACCGUCACCGCGCCGCUCGACCGCACGCAUAGCGUGCGGGUGGCGGGAGACAGCGCGAAGAAGGGUGUUGGAUUUCUCGAGGCUAUGGCAGACAUUGGGAAGAAGGACGGGCUUAAGGGUUACUGGAAAGGCAACCUUCCACAGGUCAUUCGCAUAAUUCCUUACAGCGCGGUGCAACUCUUCUCGUAUGAAGUUUACAAGAAAAUUUUCCGGAGAAAGGAUGGAGAGCUUUCUGUAUUUGGGAGACUUGCUGCUGGUGCUUGCGCGGGCAUGACAUCUACACUUGUAACUUACCCACUGGAUGUUCUCCGGCUCAGGCUAGCAGUUCAAUCUGGACACAGCACUUUACCUCAGGUUGCUCUUAACAUGCUGAGAGAAGAAGGGCUGGCCUCUUUCUAUGGAGGCUUGGGUCCAUCUCUUAUAGCAAUUGCACCUUACAUUGCUGUGAACUUCUGUGUUUUUGACCUAAUGAAGAAAUCUGUACCAGAGAAGUACAAGAAUAGACCAGAAACAUCUCUAGCAACUGCUCUUCUUUCAGCAACAUUUUCAACUUUGAUGUGUUAUCCCCUGGACACUAUUAGGAGACAGAUGCAGAUGAAAGGCACACCAUACAAUACAGUUUUUGAUGCUAUUCCAGGCAUUGUGGAGCGUGAUGGUCUAACUGGUCUUUAUAGAGGUUUUGUGCCAAAUGCAUUAAAAAAUCUACCAAAUAGCAGCAUUAAAAUGACCGUGUUUGACACGGUGAAGACACUGAUAGCUACUGGGCAGAAGGAGAUGGACAAAUUAAUUCAAGAAAAUGAGGAGAAAACAAGCUAG